AUGAUGCGAGACUUUGUCAAGAAAGAGCUGGACAGGCUGUCUUGGAGCCAGAAGAGGAUAUAUUUUGUGGGCAGCCCUAAGUUUGGGAGGGUCUGGGUUGUUUUUGCAGUGACAGCCACGGGACUGCUCAUUAAGCCCAGAGAGGGCAGUGUUGCUGGAGGAACAUGGAUUACUAUUACCCUGGACGGCUCAACAUCCCACCAGCUGGAAUGUGUCUCUUCAGCCAGCGCAUCCCAGCUGGAGGUGUCCCUGGUGAAUCCAGACCUGCCCAGGUUGCCGUGUGAUGUGCCUCCUCUGUAUUUUGACUUACCCAUUAUAAGAUGCAGAACAAGGCCCUCACCCCAGGAGGGUUUGUACUAUGUGGAGGUGGCCUUUAAAGGACACGUGAUUAACAACCUGACUGAGGUGGAGAAAGAAAACUGUACUUUCAAGUUCUCUGCUGCGCAGACACCUGUGGUUUACCAAAUUAGUCCACCAUCUGGCAUCCCAGGAAAUUUAAUAGAGAUUUAUGGGAAGACAAUUGCUGGAAGAUAUGAGACCCUAGACUUCAAUGUGGAUUAUAUUGAUGGGCCAGCUAUCCUUGUGGCAGAAGGAGACGGAUGGACCAGUCUCUGCUCUUUUGCUGACAGGCGAGCUGGAAGCAUCUACCCUAUUCGGGCAGAAGACGGACUAGGAACCCUGCAGUGUCGGGUGGAAGGGGACCAUAUAGGGUCCCACAAUGUUAGCUUCUUGGUGUUUAACAGAGGAAAGUCAGCAGUACACAAAGGUGCUUGGCUCAUCAGUGCCAAACAGGAGCUUUUCUUGUAUCAGACGCAUUCAGAAAUAACCUCUGUGUUCCCAGCUGGUGGGAGUCUCGGAGGAGGCACCGAUCUCACUGUCACGGGGGAUUUCUUUGAGGAGCCGGUGCAGGUCACUGCUGCAGGUGUCCCCUGUAAAGUCAAGCACGUCUCUCCGCAGCAAAUCAGAUGCACCACUGAGCCUGUCGGCAAGGGCAGGAGGCUCGGUGCCCCGCAGCCAGGAAACAGAGGGCUUCUCUUUGAAGUCUGGGAUGAUGCCUCUGAUCUGACAGAAGCAGGUCCUGGAUAUAGAUGGCAGUUUGUACCUAAUGCCAGUUCCCCAGUAAGAUUUCUGUCUGGGGCGAAGAAGUCCUUCAGCUCCAGGCUUCGUGGAUUUUUUGUGGCUCCUCAGACCAACAAUUACACCUUCUGGAUUCAGGCAGAUGGUCAGGCAUCUCUCUACUUAAGUUUGUCCCAAGAUCCAGAACAUAAGGUGAGAAUAGCUUCUCUCCCUGCCGGCAAUUCGGAGUGGUCUGAGAACUGGUUGAAGAGCUGGAGUGAGCGUUGGCAGCCAAAAUCCCAGAAGUUUGAGCUAACUGCUGGUUCGAGGUACUACCUGGAAGCGCUGCAUCAUGGAAAGGCACCCAGCAAUGGGAUGAGAGUUGGAGUCCAGAUACAUAACACGUGGCUGAAUCCCCAAGUGGUGAACAACUACUACAUCGAGAGACACGAAAUUCGGGCUCGCGCCUUGCAUCUUCCAGAAGUGCAGACAUUGACUGUGUCCGGUACAGGAUGUUUCAGUAUCUCCUGGAAUAACAUAUUGCACAGAAUGAUCCCCACAAAUGCUACCGCUCGCCAGGUCCAAACAGCAAUAGAGGAACUUCUUUCAAUAGGAUGUGAAACUGAGCCAACUUCUGCAAAAAUCCUUUUCCGUGAUGGCUUUGAGAAAGAAGAUAUGAAGGACGUCAUUACCACAGGUCACAUCGUCAGUGGAACAGAGCCUUUCUGUGGGAGGUUCAGUGUUCACAGACCAAGCCAGCUGGUGAAAACUUCCCCAUCAACUCUACCAAGAUACGAUCUUACUGAAUACACGCAUGUGUGUUUUGCACAUAAAGGCCAUAUGAGCAAUAUCCUUCAUAUCUUGGUGUCCUUCACCAAUGUGAAGAGGAACCUCACCUGCCUAUGGGAUUUCAAUGAAACUGACUUUAAAAGCUGGACAUUUACCUGCACUGACCUCUGGAAGGGGUGUGUGAAUCUCUCCACGCUUCUCCAGGACCUCCCUGCCAAUUCCCCAGUGUUUGUGCAUCAGAUAGACUUGCUGAGCCCCGUGCUGCAAAAGGAAACAUCUGGGUCAUUUUACCUUGAUGAAGUCAUCAUUGCAGAUAGAGCUGUGACUGUUUCUCAGAGAGAUCCCAAACCACCUCCGCCAGGUGGGAGGAUAGUUGAAGCAGUGUCUGUGGUGGGGUCUUCUCCCACUUACAAUGUGUCCUGGAUGGCAUCUGGCUGUGGUGCAAGUCUGCCCCUUCUCUCUCCAAGAGGUGCGUUGCUUGGGGAAGGCUCUAAGGAGUAUGGCCACCUCUAUGUCUCCACGGAGGAUGUGAGAGUCAGCCUCACCAUUCAGAGACUGCAGAAGUCAUCUCCACCUAUUGGAGGGACCUUCCGCAUCCACUUGGCCAAUACAGUGAUAUCAGAUGUUUCAGUGCACAUCUCCUCCCACCAUCUCCGCAAGCUUUUGCAAGAAAACACAGAUAAUUCUACAGCCCCGUACUUCAACACCAGUGACUUCAUUGUGACCAAAGACUCAAACUCUUGCUAUGAAAGCAUCUGGACGUUGACUUGGAAAACAAAAACUGGGGACUUGCCCAAUGUUAUCAGUGUCUCUGCUGAAAACCUCACUGGUCUGAAGCCAACUGUUUCUAGUCGUGUGGUUUAUGAUGGGGGUGUGUUUCUUGGGCCAAUAUUUGGGGACAUGCUUGCUACCUUCAAUAACAAAACACAGCUGGUGGUGGUGGUGAAUGAUGUCCCUGCAAACUGUUCUGGUUCGUGCUCUUUCCAGUUCAGCCAGGAAUUGACACCCUUAGUCAGUGACGUGGAGUAUUCGUCAGAUGAUGGGUCCCAGGCCACAGUAGUUAUCAGGGGAGCUGGCUUCACUGAGGAGAAGCCAGCCCUGCAGGUGGAGGUGAACAACACAACGUGCCAUGUCAUAAUGUUGAAUCAAACCAAAGUGGUUUGCCAGAUGGAGACGCUGCCAGUCGGAGUCUACCAGUUGACGCUACUGGUAAGACCUUAUGGCUUCGCACUCAAUGCCAGCACAGGAGAAGGCGUCUUCCUAAGAGUUGAGCCAAAGUUGGUAGCUAUCGAACCUCCUACAGCUUCAGAGAUUGGCGGACUGAGUGUGGUUCUCAAGGGGACCAAUCUGGAAGGGUUGAACUUGGUGUUGUUUGGAUCACAGCCUUGCCCAAUUUUGGAGGAUGACCGAAAUUCAACAAGAAUUGAAUGUAAAGUUCCCUCUCGGGGGACAGAAGAUGCUGCUGUCCAGGUGACACUAAUUUCUGGGUACCAGUCAACAACAGUAACCAACUUGUUCCAGUAUGAUCCUUCCUUAAACCCUACUGUUAUAUCACUGAGCAGAAACAGAAGUGGCAUAGCAGGGGGUCAGGAGCUUCAAAUUGGAAUAUCCCAGUUUGCCAGCUACCGAGGGUCAGAUAUCAAGGUGCAAAUUGGGGGCUCAUGGGCACAGAUCCAGGCGCAGACGGACCAUGGUGUUAAUGUGACGCUUCCAGCCUUGGCUGCGGGAUGGUACAAUGUUUCUGUCAUCAUCAAUGGCAUUGCUGUCGCUUCAAACAGGGUUGAGCCGUUAAUCCAGUACCUCUCAGAGAUCUUCAGCACAGAGCCAUGUUGUGGCUCCUUUCUGGGUGGAACACUGCUCACAAUCUCUGGGGCGGGCUUUAGCCAAAACCCUGCCCUGGUUUCUGUUUCAAUGAACAGGCAAACCUGUACGGUUACUCAUUUGGCAGAAGACACAGUUUGGUGUCUGACCCCGCCAGCUGCUAAUUUGUCUAAUGAAGAUUCACAAGACAUCUCUGUCAGAGUAAACGUAGUCAUCAGCAGUAGGUCAGUUCAACAUACUCUUUUUGCAAAAAGGACCACCACCUUUAAUUACCAAAGAGCUAUGACUCCUCUGAUCACUGUUGUUGAAAUGGAAAUCACAGAUAGCAGCGUGCUCUUGAGUAUCCAGGGGAUAAACAUCACUGGAUCUGUGGCUAAGCUUGGACACAGUGAAUGUGAACUUGAGUUUCGACGUGGCAACAAGUUUGCAAUGUUUUAUCAGUGUUCUUUGCCACUGAACAGCCUGGAACCCGGGACUUUCCCCAUCCAGGUUAUCCAGAGGCAGCUAGGAUAUGCUCGUGUGACAGCAAGGCUGCAGGCCCUUACAAUAACUCCACGGAUAACCUCCAUAUCCCCAUCACAAGGAUCAAUCUGUGGUGGGAUGUUACUCACUAUAUCUGGUACUGCUUUAAAAUCCAGGAGGAAUUUGGUAGAGGUCAGCCUGGAUGGUAAUUAUUCCUGUGAGAUCCAGAACUCUGGUAACGAUGCCAUUAGUUGUAUUGUGCUUCCAGGGGCCCAUCCUUUGAAUUACCAGUGGUUGUCUGAGGCAUCUUGGGCUCUUAAUGUCACAGUGACUGUCAAUGGGAUCAGCAGUGUCUGCCUUGGAGACUGUACACUCCACCUUCAUGAGCAGUGGACCCCCCUUGUGGAUUUGGUGACCUGGGAGACCAAUGGGACAUUCACCUAUGUGAUGAUCAAAGGACAGAGGUUGGCAUGGUCAAGUGACAGGCCUGUGGUACAUGUGAAUAACCAGGCUGUCUGCAAGGUAACUUUUUGGAAUGAGACCAGCAUCAAGUGCCAGACACACUGCAUUGCCCCGGGGCAGCACAACAUUUCCAUACCCAACAGGAAAAGUGGGCAAGCUUGCUUCAGAAAGGCGUCCCGUGUUCUCACCAUCCUGCCUCAGGUGUACCGGUUUUACCCACAAAACUUCAGUACCAAUGGUGGAGGCCUGCUCACCUUAGCAGGCUCGGCACUGAAAGGAAAGACAACGACUUCUGUUCUCAUUGAUCAUCACCCUUGCCUUGUUCUCAAUGUCACCUGUGUAGCUAUCCAGUGCACGGUGCCUCCGGGUAAUGGGACUAGGACUUUGAGUCUAAAAAUAGAUGGCAUCUCGUAUUACCUUGGAAGAAUAAGUUACAACAAAGAGUUUACCCCCGCUUUCCUUUCGCUUGUUGCAGCUGGUCUCCUUUUAACAAUGACCGUCUCACGGGUCACAGAGGUGGACACCAUCUACGUAUUUGUCGGAGACUUUGCUUGUAGUGGUGUCACCAUCACUCACUCUACUUUGCAGUGCUCAGCUCCUCUGCUCCCUGUUGGCGAGUACCGUGUGCUGGGCUUGGAUGUCCCCAGGGGCUGGGCUUCCUCUAACCUGACGUUCACCUCUCAGCUGAUGGUGACAGCUGUGCAUCACAACUGGGGUGGCUUGAAUGGAGGAGCAGUUUACCUGCGUGGAACUGGGUUUUCCCCAAGGAAGACUUUGGUCACAGUCUGUGGCACCCCCUGUGAAAUGUUGGGCAACACGACGAUGACUGGCCUGAGCUGCCUUGCCCCACGCUUACACGCAUCUUUGGCCAUUCUCUGUGGCCUGACACAUUCUUCUGCUGACUGCCGAGAAGACAGAGCCACCUUCAUUGAAUGUGAUGUCCAAGUAACGGUGGAUUCCUAUCACCAGAGAGGAUCUGUGUCUUACCUGUAUGUCUGUGAGGACAGCCCACCUCAGUGGCACUGGAGGGACAUCAACCCACCCCAGAGGCAUUUUGCUGGACUCUUUGCCAGCCCUAAAGUGGAAAGAGAUGAAGUUCUCAUCUAUAAUAGCUCCUGUAACAUUACCAUGGAAACUGAGGCAGAGAUGGAGUGUGAGGGAGCUAAUCAGCCAAUUACCGCCAAGAUUACUGAGAUAUGGAAAAACUGGGGCCAGAACACUCAGCUUGCCCUCCAGUUUUGUGGCCGGUGGGACGAGGACUCCAGCUGGCCUGCUGGUCACCAGCCGCGAGAUGGCGAUAACGUCACGAUAGAAGAAGGCCGGACCCUGCUGCUGGGGACCACCACCACCAACCUCAACCUGCUGCAUCUCAAAGGUGGCAAACUCUUGUUCACUGGUCCAGGACCUGUAGAACUGCAUGCUCAUUACAUUCUGAUAUCUGAUGGAGGAGAGCUCCAGGUGGGAUCCCCUGAGGCUCCUUUCCGUCACAAGGCACACAUCUAUCUCUAUGGAAGCCUCCAUUCUCCACCAUUAUUUCCAUAUGGGGUCAAGUUCCUGGCAGUGAGGAAUGGGACCCUCUCCAUUCAUGGCUGGAUGCCCGAAGUAGCUUUCACAUUCUUGAAAUCAUCAGCUCAUGCUAACGACACGCGAUUAGUGCUCCAGAAACCUGUUGACUGGCAACCCGGUGACGAAAUCAUGGUGGGAAGGACGGGCUUUGGAGAUGCACAGCAGCAGGAAGAAAUGGCUGUUAUUGAGUUUGUGAACAACACUGAGCUGUACCUUAGAUCACCACUCAGGUAUUCCCACAAUGUUGGAGAGGGAUGGGUGAACGGCCAAAGCCUGCCUUUGAGUGCUGUGGUGGCACUGAUUAGCAGAAGGGUUGUUGUUCAAGGAAAUGUCACGAUGGAGAGGAUGUCACACCUCAGACAGUGUACAAAAGCAGGUGUUACAAGAGGUGGCUCCAGGUGUCUGUACAAGCGAAGCGAGAGGCAGCUGGGCUCUCGGGACCUGGGAGCCAUCGUGGUUGUGGAGGCCUUCCAGGGAGAGGCGAAUCGGCUCCGGAUGGAGGGGGUCCAGUUCCGCCACGUGGGCCAAGCGUUUCAGCAACACCGCAGUGCCUUGACUGUUGCUGGCAACGUGUGGAUGGCAGACUCUUACAUACGUGGCUGUUGUAUUUUGGACUCCUUUGGCCAAGGACUCCGUCUGACCGGGAUCUCAAACCUUACUGUGGACAGUAAUGUUUUCUAUAACAUUUUAGGCCAUGGGCUUCUACUGGGAGAGAGACUGGAAGAGGGGAACAGAGUCAGUAACAACAUAGUGAUUGGCCUUUCUGGAACAGACGGUUUAUCCAACAUUGAGACACUGUCACCAGCAGGGAUCUACAUCAGGGCUCCUGCCAACCACAUCGAGGGUAACACAGUAUGUGCUGCUGGGUAUGGCUAUUUCUUUCAUCUCUCCCCUGAGGGACCAUCCAAAAUGCCUCUCCUGUCCUUCAGUGAGAACGUAGCUCAUUCCUGCACAAGGUAUGGGUUGCUGGUGUACCCAGAAUAUUUGCCAGACAGCCCAAACAGACCUGUUCAGUUCAACAACUUCACAGCUUGGAGCAGCCAAGGUGGAGCACAGAUUUUUAGUAGCAGUAACCUUGAACUCCAACAUUUCUGGAUUUAUGCUUGCAAAGACUUUGGCAUUGACAUCGUAGAAAGCCUGGGAAACACUUCUGUAGCUGAUAGCGUUUUAAUUGGACACACUGGGCAAAAGGAUAGGACCUGUAUGUCAGCAGGACUAAAAACUCCCAAAAGAUACCAGCUAUUCAUCUCCAACACAGCUUUCAGGAACUUUCAUGUGAACACUUGCACAGCGAUCAGGACUUGUUCUGGCUGUUACCAAGGGCAAGGUGGGUUUACUGUGAGAGCUGAACGUCUGACCUUCAUCAACUCACCUUUCCAAGUGUCCUUCCCCUUUCCUCACUCUGCCAUCCUUGAGGAUCUCGACGGCUCUGUCACGGGGCAGAAAGGAAGUCUUCUCCUCCCUUCCACAGAUAUCCUUGCGGUAUCUUGCACAGCCAGGGCCAACUUCAGUCAAGCUUCUGGUGGCAGUGUUUGUGGCAGCGACCUUGUUUUCCACCGUAUGUCUCUUCAUUUAAAAGAGGCUCCAGACAUUCCCUAUAAUUUAACUGUGACUGACAGUAGGAAUAAGACAACCACAAUCAAUUAUGUCCCUGAUACUUUAUCAAACCUGUAUGGCUGGAUGGUUCUCCUCUUGGAUAAAGAGACUUAUGCAUUGACAUUUGAAAACCCUUUGGUCAGCAAACAUCUCCAGUAUUCAGUGACAUUUAGCAACUUCGUGACUGGGAAUUACCUGCUGGUGGAACACAAGGAUCUUCCUGCCCAUCCUGAGGUUGUGGUGUCCUGUGGGACAAGGACUGGACAGCCACUCCAGUCGAUGCCUUCAUACGGACAUCAUAGGAGCUGUGACUGGUAUCUUGACAGCAGACUGAGGAAGCUAACCUAUUUGGUUCCUUCUGAUGCUGUCUUGAAAUGGUCGCACCCAGAGACAUGGAAUGAUGUAGAAAAAGGCUGGGGUGGAUCCAACUGCAGCAUCCCAGGCCCUGGGGAAGACGUCAUCAUCUUACCUAACAGGACCAUCCUGGUGGAUACGGCUCUUCCCCCUCUGAGAGGUCUCUACAUCCUGGGGACCCUCGAGUUCCCCAGCAACUCCAGCAAUGUCCUGAGUGCAGCCUGUAUUGUGGUGGUGGGGGGUACGCUGAAAGUGGGUUCUUUUCAACAUCCCCUAGAAAGGGAUUUAAAGCUGCUGGUCCUUCUUCGGGCAUCUGAAGAGAUUUACUGUGAUCGUCUGGAGGAAAUAAAUGUCCACCCAGGGAGUAUUGGGGUCUAUGGAAAGGUACAAAUUUAUAGCGCUUAUCCUAAGACGUCUUGGACACAUUUGGGAAUUAAUGUUGCUCCUGGCAAUGAAAGGAUUUUUGUGGAGGACGAAGUGGAUUGGAAUCAUGGUGGAGAUAUUGUGAUCAGCUCUUCCUCCUAUGAAGCCCACCAAGCUGAAGUAGUUACACUUAAAGAAGUCAAUGGUCAUAGCAUAAGAAUUCAUGAACGCCUUCUGCACAGGCAUAUUGGGCACUCUCAUGACACAGAAGAUGGUAGACGCAUCCCUUUGGCUGCGGAGGUCGGACUCCUAACACGGAACGUACAGAUCAAGUCUGAUGUGGCUUGCGCUGGGAGAAUGCUGGUGGGACGUUUUACAGACUCCAGUGGGACAGAGUUUGAAGGUGUUCUUCAACUCUUAAAUAUUGAGUUUUUGAACUUUGGGCCUCCUCAGCUUUCUGCCAUUGAAUUCAGGAAUAUAUCCCAAGGGUCCUCGGUGGUGUCAUCCAGCAUUAAUGGUAGCUGCGGAGUUGGCAUUAAAGCAGUCAUGAGCAACUGGAUCUUGUUGCAUGAUAACACGGUGUUCAACACGGUUGGACCUGGCAUCGAUUUGGAAGGGCAAAAUCAUUCUCUCAUCAGGAAUCUUGUUAUUCUGAGCAGGCAGCCGGAAGGCUUAUUAAACUGGGUUGCUGGCAUCAAGGUGAACCUUGUCAUUGGGCUCUCCCUCUGUGGCAAUGCUGUGGCAGGAUCUGAGCGAAUUGGCUUCCAUAUCAGGGGCCAAGAAUGUUUGCUAGAUGGAGAAUUCUGCAGUGAAAACGUGGCCCAUUCAAGUCUCCAUGGUAUUCAUCUAUACCGAGGAGACGGAUUUCAGACCUGCACUAGAAUCACAGGUUUUCUAUCCUAUAAGAAUUACGACUAUGGUGUCAUGUUCCACCUUGGAAGCAGCGUCAUCCUGGACAAUGUGGUGCUGGUGGACAACACUGUGGGUCUCAUGCCAGUAGUGUACUGUCUCUAUGCCAAGCAAUGCCACACGGGGAAAAGAUUCAUAGAACUUAGAAACUCCGUCAUUGUCGCAACAAGCUCAACUUUUGACUGCAUCAGAGACAGGAUCAAGCCUUACUCAGCUGAUCUAACAGCCAAGGAUCGACCACCAUACUACCCUCUAAGAGGCCGUGUUGGGAUUUUAUGGCCUACGUUUACCACUGUUCCCAGCCAAAGGCCAGAUAACCCAUGGCACAAAACUGGGCAUUGUCCAAAAGUCUUGGGACUCAUGAAGCUGAAAGAAGUCACCUUCACUGGUUUUACAAAGAGCUGCUACAGUGAAGACAGGGACGUCUGCAUCAUGUCAAAUGCUGACCAUUUAGGCAUCAUGCCUCUUAUCACAGCAGAGAGAUCAAGGAUGUUACACGUCAAUGAGAAGGACAAGUUCUACUUCCAUCCAACAAGUGUACAGACCUCCGAAGACACCGUGUUCCCUGAAAAGAGGUGCGAAGGCUCGAGAAAGGCCCUUUUCAAGGAUUUGGAUGGAGGUGUCCUGGACCUAGAACCGCCUGUUUCUGUUUUCCCAAAGUCAGAAUCUGAAUGGACACAGUUCUACUUGCAAGCUGGAAUUUAUAGAGAUGACAGCAAGUGUAUCUUCAAGCCCUCAGUACAAGGCUACUUCUGCAAACAGACAGAUCACGCACUUGUCAUCCUAGAAAACUUGGACCCCAGUAUGGUCAGCCAGAGACUGUUUCCAGUGAUAGCAAUUACUGGCAGCUUUAUGGACACCUUCAGUGGUGUGACAUCACAUGCAUCGUGUUAUCCUGCAGAGGAUCGUUCUACUUUCUUUUCUGUGCUGCCAUCCACCGAACUUGCUACAGUUUGCUUCCCAGACCUAGCACCUCUGACUUUCAGACUUUACCUCCUCAGUGGCCAAAACGCAACCAGGCUGCCCCUUGCAAUAUUCUACAAUGAACCCCUCAGCCUUCGUGUUUUCAUUCAAGGGAAAUAUGUCUCUCCAACACCAUCUUCUUUCUCACUGAAUGAAGGGGCAGGAGCCAAUUACUUUAGCUUUGAGGACAAUCUUCUCUAUGUUCUCCUGCAUGAGAAGGAACCUGUAGAAAUAGUUGCUGGCCUUUCCCUUCUUGUGGCUUUCACUGUAACUGAGGCUGUUGGGGAAGAGGGUGAAGCAAGUAUAAUAUGUCGAUUAGCUGAUUUCUUGAAGGUUGGUUAUGACCAAGUCAAAGUAGUGCAUCAUGUGCUGGGAGGUGAAAACAUGUUGAAGGUAAUCUCGGCCAAUGCCAGCAAAAAGAAAUAUCACUGCCCUAGCAUGGCGUUUUGUACAGCCUUUCCUAGCAGGUCUAGCUCACAGAAAGUGGGGAGAGGACCAGUGAGUACCCGAGCUCUGCAGCCAUCUGAUGCAGCUGGUCCAUCAAGAGUGCUCAUCAUUGAACUUGGCGAUCCACCAGGCCAUCCAAGAAAUGAGUUGACAAGUGACAGUUUAAAGAGUUUGGCCAGAACAAUUAUCAACACUCAUCAGACUGGAGACCUUCAGAGAGGCCUUGGCUUGCCCCUUGAUACCUUAAUGGUGACGCAGCCUGCCUUACUGUUUCCAGCAGAAGCUAACAAUAGCAGACAACACCCAGGAACAUGCUUGUAUGUGAGACCCUAUAACAUCUCUGUUCAGGUGCAGCCCUCAGAUGGAGAAAUUGAGAAGGAACUUCCUGUACAGCCAAAAAUCAUUUUCCUGGACAGCAAGGGUCAAAGAGUUGACAAACUGGGGCCACCCUCAGAACCCUGGGUUGUAUCAGCUCACCUCAAGGGCUCCUCCAAGGCUGUGUUAAAAGGGCUCACCCAAGUGCAGGUCAUAGAUGGAUGUGCAAGCUUUUCCAGCCUGGCCAUCUCUAGCUCAGGCACAAACUGGAAACUCGUCUUCACUGUCACAUCACCUCCAGGGGCUAAGUUUACCGUGCUGUCUCAGCCAUUUACCAUCUUCCCUGUCCCCACGGGAGUGAAGGCCAGCAUGAUCCUUGUUGUCACACUGAGUUCAGCAGCAUCUGCAUUCAUCCUCACUCUUGCAUUCUGCUGGUUCAAGAAGAGCAAAAGCAACAAAACGAGGACUGAACGGCCUGAUGUACCACAGGCCGGUACCAAAGAACCACGGAAACAAGCACGGCCUCGUGCAUCUCACAUCCAGCCUUGCUGCAAUCAAGGAGAAAAUAAAAGUGGUGUGCCUGUAGCAGAAGAUAUGGAAGGAACUGGAGCAGUGGGACAUGCCACAGGACGACUGGAGGAGCUGAACCUGCAGCCCUGUGAAGCCAAGUCAGUGAGAAAGAUGAGCACCAUCCAACGUAAGACAGGUAACAGAGACACCUUUUCUUCAGCUCGGGACAGUGACAGUCACCAACAGCCACGUGAAGGAACAUCUGGUGACUCUCUGGAACUUCAGCACCCAACAGUCCCGAGGUGUUCCAGCCAGAAGGAUGUCCCCCAGCCUUCAGCUGGCUACAACAAGGAAAGAGAGAAGUCCGAAAGGAUGCCCAAACCUCAGAACGAUGUCGGAGAGCAUGCUGCUGUGGUAGCAGCAGAGGUGUAA